AUGGAGCAGAAAGAAAACCGACAGAGCGGCGAGCGCACGCCCUGCAGCGUCGCCCUGGUGCAGAGGAGAAGUAAGUCGUACCGUCAGUCAUACCGCAGCUGUCUGGGCGCCACAUCUCGCCUCUUCACUCCGGGACACGCCACACGGAGACUGAACAGCAGCCGGAGAGCGCCGCGACCGCGAGACAUUAAAGAGCAGCUGGACCCCGGUGUCCUCUCUCUCCUCACAAGGACCGAGUGGCAGUUGUCCUAUGUGACGCCGCUGUUCCAGUUCCGCCACACGCGCCUGAAGAGCUACGCGCGGCAGCUGUCGGCGUUCAUGGCAGCAGAACGACAGCAGGGCGUGGCCGUGGAGGUGCAGGGGGAGGAGCAUACCUACAGAGGGCGCUUCAGCCUCCUGCCCGGCCUGGUGGAGGGCGAGGGGGAGGCAGAGGCAGUGCUCAUACAGCUCUGGUCGCGUCCCGCCUUCAGCCGUGCAGAUGCUGCGGAGAAGCCGGUGUGGAGCGGCUGGUUCUCCUGCGUCCGCGGCGGCGACGACUACCUUCGCUCUCUGCCCCCAGACUUCGUGGGGCUGCCGCUCUUCUGCAGCUCCGGGGCAGAGUCUCUCACCGCCACGGUCAAGGCCUGGUUCAGCCGUCACUUUGACUGCUCGUUCGGCGCGCUGCCCUUGGACCAGGACACACUGCAGUGGGUGGCGGCGCUCUGGGCAAACUGCCACCUAGAGGCCGAUCUGCGCCACCUCACCCUGCUCUGGGAGAUCCCUGUGAGCCCGCCGCUGAAGGUCUCGUACGCCGUGGAGCCGCUGGAUGCCUGGACCCUGUGGAGCGGCGUGAGGCGGGCUCCCAGUGCGGUGGAGGAGGGGGUGAUUGGCGUGGGGGAGGUGGAGGAGUUCGUGCAGGAGCUGAAGAGGCACUUUCACAGACACUUCAGGCUCCAGCUGUCGGCCGGGAACCUCACUCAGGUGUCCUCAGGGCUGGGAGCCGCCAAGAGCAGCGGGAGGGUCAAGAUCAGCAGCAGCCGGUACCUGGUCUCCACGCUCUCGCUCCUCACAGAAUGCGCUCUGCUCAAGAUGCCGAUCUGA